CAUGCAAAGAGAGCAGGGGGCAAAUGGCAGGCCCCGCGAUAAAAUUCAAUGCAGGGAUCAGAAGUAGCAGCUGCGCCCAGCUACCCAGCCACAGAGCAGCAAUGCAGCCAUGCGGCAGCUACUAGCUAGCCAUUGCAGCGACCGGCCACAGGGCAGCAGUGCAGACGUGCAGUAGCUAGCCAUUGCAGCGGCGACCGAGCUCACUCGCUCGCGCUUUUUGAGGCCAAGCCAUGGAGAACGGCGAGGGAGAGUACACGAAGGACGGCUCCGUGGACCUCCGCGGUAACCCCGUGCUCCGGUCCAAGCGCGGCGGCUGGACCGCCUGCGCCUUCAUCGUCGUGUACGAGCUGUUUGAGAGGAUGGCGUACUACGGGGUGGCGGCGAACCUGGUGAUGUACCUGACGGAGCGGCUGCACCAGGGCACCGUCGAGGCCGCCAACAACGUCACCAACUGGUCGGGCACCGUCUUCCUCACGCCCCUCCUCGGGGCCUUCGUCGCCGACGCCUACCUCGGCCGCUACUGGACCUUCGUCGCCGGCUCCGCCGUCUACCUCACGGGAAUGCUGCUGCUGACGCUGGCGGUCUCCGUGCCAGCGCUGAAACCGCCGCCCUGCAACAUCGUCGGCGGCGGCGCCACCUGCCCAAGCGCCUCCGCCCUGCAGCUGGGCGUCUACUUCGGCGGAUUGUACACCAUCGCGCUGGGCCACGGCGGCACGAAACCGAACAUCUCCACCAUCGGUGCCGACCAGUUCGACGACUUCGACCCGCCGGAGCGGCUGCGGAAGCUCUCCUUCUUUAACUGGUGGAUGUUCACCGUAUUCCUGGGCAUCCUCAUCUCCACCACCGUCCUCGUCUACCUCCAGGACAGCGUCAGCUGGUCGGUCGGAUACGGUGUCCCGACGCUUGCGCUCGCGGCCUCCGUUGCCGUCUUCCUCACCGGCACGCCGCUGUACCGCCACAAGUUGCCGCAGGGCAGCCCGCUCGCGAGGAUGGGCAAGGUGGUCUCCGCGGCCGUGUGGAAAUGCCGCGUCGCGGUGCCGGAAAACCUGGGGGAGCUGCACGAGCUGGAGCCAGAGCACUACGCGAGCAGGAAGAGGUUCCGCGUGGACGCAACCGGCUCCAUGCGGUUCCUGAACAAGGCGGCGGUUAAGGUUGAUGAAGCCCCCGAGUGGACGCUGUGCACGGUGACGCAGGUGGAGGAGACAAAGCAGAUCGCCAAGCUCGUGCCGCUGCUGGCCACCAUGUUCGUGCCGUGCGCUCUGGUGGCGCAGGUGGGCACGCUCUUCGUCAGGCAGGGCGCGACGCUGGACCGCCGCGUCGCGCGCGCGUUCCAGGUGCCCCCGGCCAGCCUCGGCGCGUUCGUCACGCUGACCAUGCUCGUCUGCGUCGCGAUCUACGACCGCGUCCUCGUCCCCGCCGUCCGGAGGCGCACCAAGAACCCGCGGGGCAUCACGCUGCUGCAACGGAUCGGCUCCGGGCUGCUGCUCCAGGUCGUGACGAUGGCGACCACGGCGGCAGUCGAGAGCCGGAGGCUGAGCUUCGCGAGGAGCCACCAAGGGCUGCAGAACCCCACCGCCACGGCCGGCCGCGAGCUGCCGCUGACCAUCUUCAUCCUGCUCCCGCAGUUCGUGCUCAUGGGCGCAGCCGACGCGUUCCUGGUGGUGGGCCAGAUUGAGUUAUUCUACGACCAGGCCCCCGAGAGCAUGAAGAGCCUCGGCACGGCCAUGUCCCUGACGGCGUACGGCGUCGGCAGCGUGCUGAGCAGCGCCAUCCUCUCGCUCGUGGAGCGCGCCACGCGCGGGAGCGGGACGCCCUGGGUGGCCAACGACCUCAACGCCUCGCGCCUCGACCUCUACUACGCGUUCCUCGCCGCGCUCGCCGCGGCGAACCUGGCGGCGUUCGUGGCGCUGAGCUGCAGGUACUCGUACAGGGCGGAGUCCGCGGAGGCGAUCGACGUCGCCGCGCAGGGCGGCGCGCCUAGAGUCCACUUGGAGCCGGAGCCAAUGGCGCCAUGACAAGCUUCCAUGUGUUUCGGCGCGUGAUUAAUCAAGGGACUGUAUGAUUUGGACCAAAGUGAUUGUGACCAUCAAUUGAACUCACCAUGUAGUGCAUCUGUGCAUGUUCCAUCCAUGGAUCGCAUCACCGAACGAACUACUGCAGCAGACAAACUGACGGACGGCGACGCUCAAUGAACUACAUUCUAGAAGCAGGGGCGGGCCCACUCAGGUCAUGAGUGUACACUAAAAAUUUUGCAAUUGUUUUUCCUCUAUGUCUUGAACUUUAAGCAUUCUCUCUAAUCGACCUGACGGGCUGAGCAAACGCCCACGGCCUGAUUGCCCAUGCGGCCACGCCCAGCGUCCCAAGCCAGGCGCCCUCGGGGCCACGAGUACACGCGUUAACGCGUGACGGCCACGACCUGAGAGGCUGAGCCUGCACUCCCACCGUCGGUCCGACCGUGAGAUGGAGGGCGGCGGCGGCGGCGCAAGCGCGGCUAGGCGGGACCAUGGCGGCACAAGCGCGGCUCGACGGGGCGACGCGAGCCAGGCGGGACGGUCUGAUUCAGCUGAAGGCAAAUUUCUUUGGUUCCUACUUCUCACCGUCAUGGUGGCAAAUGUUACGUUUUCUAUCACUUUAUGCUAUGCAAGAAGCAAGAGCGUAAAGUCAACCUAUUUGCUAUUUGGCAUUUUAGCUGUACUGUCGUUACGUGAGUCCAUCACAUAUUUACAGUUAGUACAUUUCUACUUGUUAAUUGCUAUUGGUCUCGUGCAUAGCAUAAUCCAAGCCUAUAGUU